GUUUCCCUCAGCCGGGUUAGGCUUGUACAGACUGACAGUUCGUGAGUCGGAUUCAGCUCACUAACAGAACUGUGAGAAAAUCACCUGUCCGUGUUGUAAAGAAAUCGAAGCAUUUUAGCUCCUUUAAGCUGUAAUCGGUGCUUGUUUGCUUCGGAGAAAUCAGAUGGUCUCGUGCGCUUUGCGAAACUACGCUAGCCGUGUCUACCGUUCACUGAGCUGCACGCAUUCUUAGCCUUUACUGAAGCACUGUAACCGCACUGACUUGUGAGAUCCGUGACCUGUUUAUCUGCUUUUUGGUCGAGCAUGAGCAUGGUGUUGGAGCUCAGCUGCAAUGCAUGCAUUAGGCUGUAGAAUGAACCUGGCAGCAGUGCUAAAUGGCCUGCUUGUGUCGCUGGUCGCAGCCCUGCUAUGGAAGUAUGUUCAGCUAAGCGACCACAUGGCCCAACUGGAAGAGGAGCUACAGCUGACUCGCCAGUCCCAGGAACUUUCACAUGUGCGCAUAGAUUAUCAUGCUGCCCUGUUGGCACUGCAAGAGCAGGGUACAAGGAUGGUUUGCACCGGCAAGAUGCACACUGACCGCAUCUGCCGCUUUGACUAUCUUUGCUAUUGUACCGAGGCUGAGGAGUUCAUAUUCUUCCAUAGCAAUGCCUCAGUCAUGCUUCCCAAUUUGGGCCCUCGUCGCUUCCAACCAGCCCUGCUAGACUUGUCCUCUGUUGAGGAUCAUAAUACACAGUAUUUUAACUUCUUGGAACUGCCUGCAGCUGCACUAAAGUAUAUGCCGAAGCCUGUGUUUGUGCCAGAUGUCACUCUCAUCCUUAAUCGCUUCAAUGCUGAUAACCUUAUGCACAUCUUCCACGAUGAUCUCCUUCCAAUAUUCUACACCAUGCAGCAGUACACAGACUUGGACGAUGAGGCCAGGCUUGUCUUCAUGGAAGGCUGGGGAGAGGGGAGCCAUUUUGAUCUCUAUCGCCUCCUUAGCAGCAAGCAACCGCUACUUAAAGAGCAUUUGAGGAACUUUGGCAAGCUCAUGUGCUUCACCAAAUCUUAUGUUGGAUUGUCAAAGAUGACCACAUGGUACCAGUAUGGCUUUGUACAGCCCCAAGGGCCCAAAGCCAACAUUUUGGUGUCUGGGAAUGAGAUUCGUCAGUUUGCCUAUUUCAUAAUGGACAGGCUUAAUAUCACCACAGAGGAGAGGCCUGAAGGUGAUGAUUAUAUAGUAGUGUUUAGUAGAGCUUCUAAUAGGCUGAUACUCAACGAGGCAGAGUUGCUUCUUGCUUUGGCUCAAGAGUACAAAAUGAGGACAGUCACCGUGUCCUUGGAGGACCAAACAUUUGCAAGCAUAGUCCAGCUCAUCAGUGCGGCAUCCAUGUUGGUCAGUAUGCACGGUGCCCAGCUCAUCAUGUCCAUGUUCCUACCACGGGGGGCUGCUGUCAUUGAGCUUUUCCCAUAUGCAGUCAACCCUGAACAUUAUACACCAUAUAAAACUCUGGCCUCCUUGCCAGGAAUGGACCUGCAGUAUAUAGCAUGGAGAAACACCAACGAAGAGAACUCUGUGGCCUAUCCUGACCGCCCCUGGGAGCAAGGAGGCAUCACUCACUUGGAGAAAGAGGAACAGGAACGUAUCCUAACCAGCAAGGAGGUGCCAAGACACCUCUGUUGUCGCAACCCAGAGUGGCUUUUCCGGAUUUAUCAAGACACCAUUGUGGACAUUCCGUCCUUCCUGGAAGUCAUUCGAGAAGGUCUAAAAGUUAAGCCUAAUCUGAAAAAGAGCAAACCUGCCAGUGUAAUACAUCCUGGUCGGGUCAGACAACCCAAGUGCCAGACAUCAGUGCAGGCUGCCCAUGAAGCAAAGCUCUCUGUGUCUUGGCAGAUUCCUUGGAAUCUCAAGUACUUGAAGGUAAGAGAGGUAAAAUAUGAAGUGUGGAUCCAGGAGCAGGGAGAGAACACGUACAUGCCUUACAUUCUCCCCCAACAGAACUAUACAUUUUCAGACAACAUUAAGCCCUUUACCACAUAUUUAGUGUGGGUGCGCUGUAUCUUUAACAAGAACCUUUUGGGACCAUUUGCAGAUGUUCUUAUAUGUAAAACCUAACUCUGUUAAGCUUACAGUGUCAUGCCCCGAGUCAGGGAAAUGCUGAUUACAAAUGCUGUGAAGAUGGAUUAUAUUCUAUGGGGAAAAAAAAAAAAGUUUUUCCUGCAACAUGACACAAUCUGUAGCUCAUUAAAUGAGAGGAACAUUUUGCUGAGGACUAAAAAUAAUACAGAACACUAAACUGCCAAAUCAGACUCCUUGAAAAAGACUCCUUCGACUUUAUCAUGUUUUGAAAGAUUUUCAUUAUUCAAAUUGUAUUUAUAGAACUGUGUGAGGUAAUUUAUUUUUUAUUUAUUAGUUAAAAUGUUGUUAAAAUGUGUUGUGCCUGUGUGUGUGUGAUUGUUAGAUUGCGCAGAAAGAUAUUUUAAAUUUUCCUACUUUUUGGCCUAAGUGCUUUUGUUAAAAUUUUGCAAACCUGACUUUUUUGUGACAUUGUGACUUGAGCAAAUGUUUCAUGUAGUCAUUACACUCUCAUUGUUUAGCUUAACAUUCGAUAUAAUAUUAAGCCAAAUUAGCCUAAAAACUGCAAAGUGGUCUUAGAAAUAUGUUCCUCAUUUAUUCAUUGUAUGUGUGAAGUACUAGUUUGUCAGUGCUGAGAUUCCUUAUUUUUUUGUUUUUGGAAAAGUCUAGAAGACAUUUCAUGCUUGCCUAUUUUGAUAUUGAAACAGUUCGCAGAUGAGACUUAUUGUACUGGAAACGUGGAAUGGGACAGGAGUGUUUUAACUGUGGCCUGGCAUGAUCAAAUGGAAAUAAAGAUAGAAUACUGCUGCUGGGUUUCUCAAAACUGAGAGUUGUAUGUCACUUAGUAGUGUCAGUUAUUAUGUUUCCCCGUUAUAAAUGAUUUAAUUCUUUAACAUAUUGGUUCUCCUAGACCGUUCCAUACUUCAGUAUCAGUUUUUAGCUGCAGUGUUCUGUUUACUACUUUGUAAUUUAUGUACUGCUCUUGGGCCACAUUGUUUUAGUGAGCUGUGAUAGAAAAGGAUAUUUGAAAUGACUAGCCUUGAAUGCAUCUGUGUUUUUCGGGGAAACAGUAAAAACGAAACCACUUCUUAUGCCUGGGGAUACUCCUACAAGCAGGUAUGAGUGCAAAUAAUACAUGACCGAGUGAAUUUACUCAUCAACUAUAUUAAAAAAACCCUAUACAGAGCAUUAGAGUGUGGGGAGCAUUUUAGUUUGACUCCACAAAUGUAAACCAGUGUCAAUUCUGAAUUGAACAGAACACUAGGGUAAAAGUCGGAAUAUUUUCUCCUAUUUCGGAGGAUGUUUUCUCAUUUAAGAGACCCCAGUUGUACUCUUUAUUACCCUAUUCAGUGUUUUGAUUGACAUAAUUAAAAUGCUAAUCAUAUUCGUGUAUAAGAUGAGGAUAAUUAAUCCAUGCCGAACCUAAUAUAAAAUCAGUGUGAUGUCUAAUCUAAUUCCAUAACGCCAAAACCUACGCUUGACUCCAAAGAUAUAAAUGAGACUUGGUAAUGUAGUCAGGCCAUUUGCAUGUCUUACACUAAACUAGAUUAUCCAAGAUUCAUUUGGAUACAUCUAAUUCCUGGGUUCAGUUUCAUCAUGAAAAAAAGCAUUACUUAAGUGAAUAUUAUGUUCAAGUUAAAUGCAAGAAGAGGAAUAGACUAUUAGUGUAUUUCACUACCUGCCAUCUGCUUUUUUGGGGAGGGAGGGGGAGAAUAUUAAUGUUUUGCUGUUUGUUCAAUUAUUUAAAAAUCGUGUGAUAUUUCAUGUUCAUUAAUAUUUAUAAUUGCUUAGUUGUAAUUGUUUAGUUGGACUGUGCUGAUAUUUGGGGGUCACCACCUUCAUUUAGUAAUUACUGUAAUAGACUGGAGUCCACAUUACAGAUUAAUAGCUUGUCUUCUACAAACAAACAACUGCCAUAUCUUUUGUAGAGCAGAAGCACAAUGGCAUUAAAAAGACGGUAGGAUGAGUUUUGCUAUUUAAAACAUAAAACAAAUGCAAGAUGUUUUAGACACUGGUGCAGUAUAUGGCAGGUGAGUGCUCUGACUGAAUGUCCUCAUGUUAUAUUUGCUUGUUUUUCCUGUGUGCUUGCUCCUGCUGGCUUAAAAUUUGACAUGACCCUGAAGUAGUUAGUCACAUAACUGCUUACCUAACAGAGCCCCUAAAUAUAAAUUGUUGUUUCUGUGUUUUGUUUCAUCCAUUUUCUGUACUGCUUAUCCUGCACAGGUUCACAGCGAACCUGGCAUCUAUUCUAGGGGCCUCCGGGCACAAAGCAGGGUGCCAACCCUCACCCAUCACUCACACACACACACAUAUACACUAUGAACAGUUUAGAGAUGGCAAUCAUCCUACAGCACAUGUCUUUGCCUUGGGGAGGAAAUACCCAAAAGAAGCUGUUGAACAUGCAAACUCUGAGCAUGGGAUUAUAGCAUAAGUGAUUGUGAAUCAGUUUUACCUGCUUUGGUGCAAAUGAAAGUGACAACAAGUACACUGGAGAGGCAACAGUAAGACAAGGGAAUGGUUUUGUAGGUAGUGGCCACAGAUAAUUGCUCUCUCCUUAUCUGUUCUGACUGAUUUGUCUCUAGUUUUGUUUUGUUAGGGUCCUUGUCAGUGGACAGUUGUAGCAUGAGGCAGUACAGGUAGUCUAGCUCCUCGAGGCUGUCACAUCCAUACAUGCUGUCACAGGGACGUUUGGUGUGUCUUCCAGCACAGCAUGAAGCAUGGAGGAGAUACCGGGAGAUGGGCUGUUAUACAAAGAGAGCUGGACAAGGCUGUAGAAAGGCAACAAUCCAUCAGCAGGACCAGUAUCAGCUCUUUUGUGAGGAACAGGAGGCGCACCGCCAGAAACCUACAACCCUCCAGCAGGCUACUGGUGUGUUUGUUUCUGAUCAAACUGUCAGAAACAGACUCCAUGAGAGUGGCAUGAGAGCCCAGCUUCCUCUAGUUGGACCUGUGCUCACAGCCUAACACUGUGCAGCUCAAUUGGCAUUUACCAGAGAACACCAGAAUUGGCAGGUCUGCCAUUGGCACCCCUUUCUCUCAGGUUCACACUGAGCACAUGUGACAGACAUGAAAGAGUCUGGAGAUGCUGUGGGGAACAUUAUGUUGUCUCCAGCAUGACUGGUUUUGUGGUGGGUCAGUGAUAGUUUGGGGAGGAAUAUUCUUGGAGGGCUGUGCAGACCUCCACAUGCUAGCCCAUGGUACCCUUUUUGCUGUUAGGUACUGGGAUGAAAGCCAUUGUCAGAACUUGUGCUGGUGCAGUGGGCCCUGGGUUCCUCCUGGUGAAUAACAAUGCUCAGCCUUAUGUAGCCAGAGUGUGUAGGCAGUUUCUGGAUGACAAGGGCCCUGAUGUCUGAUGUUCCCCAGACAUGAAUCCAAUCGAGAACCUCUGGGACUUUAUGUAUCAGAGCAUCUAGUCAGCAAAUAGCACCACAGACUAUCCAGGACCUCCAGGUCUGGGAGGAGAUCCCCCAGGACACCAUCUGCCAUCUCAUCAGGAGCAUGCUCAGACAUUGAUGGGAGUGCAGGCAUUUGGGGGCCAGAAACAGUGCUGACUUACACUAUGAGUUGCUGGGAUGAAAUUUAUGAAAGUUGGAUCAGCCUGUAAUUUUAAUAUAUACUUUGAUUUUUGGUGUGCAUUUGAAUCUAGCCUUCAAUGGGUUGAUGACAUUGUCACAUCAACAAAUGACACAAUUUUGAGCAGUGUAUGUUAUUAUUAUUAGUAGUAUUAUUAUUUGCUUGUUGAACAUCUCAUUUCAGAUUUAGUCUCCCCUUUACUGUCAUAAUAACCUCCACUCUUCUGGAAAGGAUUUCCACUAGAUCUAUGGGUGUGGCUGAGGGGAUUUGUCCAAUAAGCACCGAGAGCAUUACUGAGACACCUUGACAACCUUUGUUUUAAUUGUACUUUAUUUUAGUGACUGCAUGAAAUAAAAAUAAGCAUAGCUGCUUUGUUAGCUGCACUAUUACUAAAGCAGAAUGGCUUUAAAUAAUAAAGUAAUUUUGUUUAGGUUUAAUUUGAAUAAAAUGCAUUUAAUUUGUCCAGUAACCUAGGACGUCUAUGCAAUUCUGAGUAACACAGACUUAUAAAGUGGUUUCCUGCUGUGUAAAGUGCUGAUGUUUGCUGCUUCGUGUCUCAGUUUGCCAAGGAGCUAGAGUCUUUCCUUUCGUCGUUUCCAGCUGAUUUAUGGAAAUAGUUUGUAAUGUCCUUAUACUUUUACUCUCCGAACAACAUGCACUUAGUAAAGUUAAACCAAAAUUAAAUGAAACAUUGGAAAAUUACACACUGGAAAUAAAAACAACACAGUUCUAUUAAACAUUGCUUUUGUAACCUUGGUUAUGUCUGAUACUGAUUGCAUUAUAAUGUAUAAACCACUUUUAAAUUAUUCACACGGUAAUAACAAAAGCCUCAAUAGUUUGUUUCCUGCCAUUACACUGUAUAAUGGAGUCUAUUGCCUUGAGCUAGCAUUCAGAGAUCUUUAGGAUUCAUGCAGCACAUUGACAGCAGUAUUCUCCUUCUCCAGUGGGAACAGUGAGUCACUAAUUGGCCUUUAUGUUUGCAAAAAAAAAAAAAAAUAACCCUAAUGGUGAGAAGAAAGGAACAAGGUUAAUCUCCCUUCGUUUGAAGUUAGGGCUUUGUCUCAUUGACUAUUUCUGUCAGGCUUCUUUUACAAAUUUACACUUCUGACCAUUUCAUUAAUUAAAUUCACUACUGUAUUAUCACGCUUGAUUGUUAAAUAAACUGACUGGGAAAGAAUUAAAUCCAGUAUUACUGGCACCCUCCAAAUGGUCAGUAGUUUCUCCAACAAAACUAUUCUUAUUCUUUUGCUUUUAAAAAACUCCUCAGUUAUAAAUAUCAAGUGUUCAUCAUAAAUCAGGGACAUUAUAUAUAUAGAGAGAGGCACAGAAUGCCCCAAAGAUUACAAUUUGUUUAUAAACAUGGUAAUAAACAUGGUAAAAUAUGGUAGUAUAUCUGAUUUGGGAUUGUUUUGUGGUUAGUGGCCUAGGGACUCUUGUAAAUUGCACUAAAUUCCAGUAAUUAGAGUAACUUAACUCUUCUGAAAACAUGCAACAUUUCACAACACAGUCCCUUAUAACUGGCAUUAAAAUGUGUUGGCACUGUUCAUUUGAGCGGGUGGGUAACACGUCAUUCUAGUGUGUGACUAAUGCAAAACUAAUUUAGCAGAUGCAUACAGGGGAACAGUCAGCUUUCUCGUAUCCAGCUUGGUGCUGAUGCAUAUUGUUGGGUUAUCAAGGGGAAAGUUCCAGAUGCAAACAUAGCCUGUGACAGAGGGGUGCUCACAGAACAGAUUGUCAUUAAGGCCCCAGUGGAUCAGAGCUCAGCCUUUCCUACUUCUGCUUCACCACCACACCUGAGACUGAGGCCUCGAGUGGGAGCCGUUAAUCACAUCAUCACACCGGAGCCAAGAGCCAGCCUUCAGCACACUGUGCAUUGUCAUGGCAACACUCUGGGGUGAGGACCUUAUGGACUCAAUUAUUACCGCAAGUCUCUGCAGUAGCAACACAGGAGGGCAGAGCCCUUGGAUUCAGUCCACUGCCUGAGGAACUUGUCUCUGAAGGUAUGUAGCUGUGUUAAGAUGCCAAAGUUCAGAACUUCAUAAGGUGUUCAGGUCUGAUGGCCAGAUGUGAGGGCAUAAAAUAAACCAGUUCUGCAUGAUUUUAUCUCUGGUUCUCUGAGGACUGCACAUUAAUUAAAUGUCAUGUUUAAUUAAAAUUUAACACUUAAUUAAUGCCAUUCAACAGGAAUCAUGCAGGGUCUUGGACCCCUUUUGAAGGUAGUCUGCUUAUUUACAAAAUGCAAUGGCAUGGCCUGUUCGAUUUAGAUUUAGCUUUAUGAAUAUUAAGGAUUUAGGAGUUGCGGUGUUCGGUAGUAACACAGUCCUUGUGCCUGUUAAAAGUCUUGUUUCUGUUUAAAUGGGCUUCUGAUCACUGUAUUUUAUUUAGGACCCAAGGUUUAACAGGCUAGUCAAAGUGGUCCAGCAUUACAUCAUGAACACUGCGGUCACAACAGACUUGGCCAUGUGCUGUCUACACAAACCACCCUGAAACAUGUCUGUGUUGUGUUCUGCUUGGACAUGAAGCACAAAGACAACCUCAGAAUUGCAACAACUGACAGUCUGGUUUAUACUAAAGUACAGUUGUCCAGCUGUUUGGGAAGCUUAUAAUCACAUAAGAGCCGUGUCGCUGCUCAGGCACCUGGUUUUAAAUACAGUUCGCCAACAUUUUCAAGUUAUAGCUUUAAAAAAGGGGUACAUAUUAUUUUUCCCCCUUUUAUAUUAUAACUCCACAGGAAUGAAAAUGAACAUUUAUAUAUGAGAUUUUUUAUGCAUAGCAGAUACAUACUCUGGCUUGCAUUAGUGUACAACCCUCCUACAACCUAGAAGUAAUAUUUGGAAUUAUGCACAAUGAAUCACACUUUUUAUACUUUUGGACUAAUCCAUCAAGCAUUUUCCAACACUAUUGAUGAAAAUUAUAAACCUGCUUUACACAUAAAACAUUAUAAAUCCAAACACGGUCUCUUACAAUAAUACUGCCUAUUAUUUAUAGGCCUAGAUUCAGUCUGCCUUUCUGCCUCUCUCUCUGACACACACACACACAGUGUAUAUCCAAUAUCCAAUUACGAUUAUUCACUCAGCUGUGAUUGAGACGUUUUUAACCAUCAAGGCAGAUCACAUUCUUGAUGCAGAGAUAUUUUGAUGUUUUAUAUAGAAAAUGCUUCAGCUUGUAUUGUGCUAUUUAAUCAGACUGCAGUGGAGAAGCAACGCUAUAAUAUGCUGUAACAACAAAAAAAGUAAAGGAAAUCUACAACAGCAAAUCACUGCAUGAGGCCAGAUUUUACGAAAACUGUUUUUGUUGGAGCAUUCAAAUAUCUGAAGCUGUUAAUAAACUACAAAUGACUCCACUGUUUAUACAGUCAUUUCUCUUCAAUAAUGAGGUAAUAAAUGAUCAUAAUUACAUUGGACUGUGAUAGCCUUCGAAUGAAAAUUUUAAUGAAGGUUUUUAGCCUUUCUUCACGUCAGUUUUUGAUAUUAUUCAUAGAUUUAAACCAAUACUAAAACCCAAAGUUUUAUAGAAAAUAUUAAGUGUCUUUAAAGACCUUUAUAGUACUAGUAAAACUAUAAAGUUCUACUAUCCAACCAUAGUAUUUCCAGGUGUUAAACAUCUGUAUACGCUGGUGAACUAUGAAGAUAAAAGGAAUGUAUUUUGAACUACAAGUGUAACUAGAAGCAGAGCAUAUUUCUUUAAUUUCUUCCCUAUUUACAAAAAUGUUACGUUGCAUGUGAAAGACUGGAUAAAAGACUGGAUGUGGAAUGAAUUGUUUAAAAGAGACAAUCUUGUGCAUCUGAAAAAUCUUACCCUAAAGUAUUAUCACUAUGUUAAAACCAUCCAAUGUGAAAUUCCUUUGCAGUCAGUGAUCCCAGGAUAGGUUCUGCAGCCACCAUGACUCUGGCCAGGAUAAAACAGUUACUGGAGAUGAAUACACGAAUAUAAUCCAUAGUUAAUUUACAUUAAAGUUUCCUUAACUAUCA